GGCUACUAGUGGGAUCUAAGAUAGGGUACUGUGCAGUAUCUGUGGAUACUACUAACGGAGGACAUGUCGGCUUAAUGACACUUAACCUCGAAUUUGAAAGGAAUUCCUCAUGUGUAUCGAGCUUUUACUUACUGAGACGCAUGCCCCACGCGCUCGUUUUCGCUCCUUUCUCUUAACCAACCGGUCGAACAAGUCCCACACGCAUAUCUUCUCUCUCCUCCACCUUGGAAGUAGACUCCAACUCUUAGCCCUAGGGUACCUUCAAUACACUCAUCCCUCCCUCCCUUCCCUCUACCCACCGCCAUCCACAGGCCCCAACGAACGUCAUCGAUCAUCCGCCACCCACUCCCCUCCCGGCAAACCAACCCGUCGUUUCAACGCCAGCCUUGUGUUUCACUCCGCCAGCGUAACUCACGGCCUCCGCCUGUCGACCUACCCUCAAUCUACUUGGCAAGCUAGCAGGACACGAUAGCCGGAACGAACGACUAGUGAGUGAGUGCUACGUUACACUCAACGGAGGGUGGGGCAGGCGGAGGGGGAUGGACAGAGAGGGAGGGGUGGCGGUGAUGGUGGUGGUGCAGCAGACCGUUUUUGUGUCCGAUUCAUUGGCAACACAUUGGAUAUGCUGUUGUGCAUGUGUCUCGAAGAAAAGAGCGGGG